CUCUGAAGCCUACUGAUGGCCGGGAGACGCUCGCUGCUUGCCGGGGGGGGGGUGGGGGGGGGUGGGGGGGGGCCGGGGGGGGGGGGGGUCCCCGCGCCCCGCCCCCCCCCCCCCCUUCCCCCCGGCCCCGCAGAGCUGCACACGCUGUGGCAGAACGAGGAGCGCGCCGCCGUCUCCUCGGGGAAGCUCAACGAGAUCUGGCACCGGCGCCACGACUACUGGCUGCUGGCCGGCAUCGUCCUCCACGGCUACGCGCGCUGGACGGACAUCCAGAACGACGGCGCCUUCGGGGUGAUCAACGAGCCCUUCAAGGGCGAAGCCUCGAAGGGAAACUUCCUGGAGAUGAAGAACAAGUUCCUCGCACGCCGCUUCAAGCUCCUGGAGCAGGCGCUGGUGAUCGAGGAGCAGCUGCGCCGCGCCGCCUACCUGAACAUGACGCAGGACCCCAGCCACCCCGCCAUGGCCCUCAACACCCGCUUCGCCGAGGUCGAGUGCCUGGCCGAGAGCCACCAGCACUUGUCCAAGGAGUCGCUGGCGGGCAACAAGCCCGCGAACGCCGUCCUGCACAAGGUGCUGAACCAGCUGGAGGAGCUGCUGAGCGACAUGAAGGCGGACGUCACCCGCCUCCCCGCCACCCUCUCCCGCAUCCCCCCCAUCGCCGCCCGCCUCCAGAUGUCGGAGCGCAGCAUCCUCAGCCGCCUCGCCAGCAAGGGCACCGAGAGCCACCCCCCGCCCGUAAGUCACCGCGCGACGUCCCCCCCCUCCCCGGGGAUGUCACCUCCCUCCCCACCCCCACCCCCAACACCCACCUCCGCGGGGACAUCGGG